AUGCCGUAUGAACGAGACAUUGAACUUUUCAUUGAGUCAGCUUCGAGGCUCCUUGAAGCUUUUCCUUCGUCGACACUAGUGUCCAUAACUUAUGCAAAUGAAGCAAAGAAACAUAGCAAAAAAAAGAUCAUAAAGGAUGUAUCAAAGAGAGCUACAAAUUCAGUAACUUUUAAAUGCUACGAGCCAAAAUCUGGAAAAUGUAUAAAGUAUAAAACCAAGAGGACCAAAGAGCUAUCAAGAUUAUUGACUUUUCUUGGGCCAAAAGGUGUAACCGUAUCUAAAUCAAGAAAGAGAUCUCUUGAAGCGGUGAAUCUUGAACCAAGUAAUGAGACUGCCAAAAUUGAAGCGGAGAUGACAACAGAUCAUGCAGCAGGUUUAGCUAGUAUCAUGAGUAAUUGCAAAUACGAUACAGAUGAAAGUAAGAUAGAGCUGAAAGGUACAAACGCCGAUGCUGAAGAAACGAGAACAGCCACCAACGCUAUACCAGCUUUUAAUGAGCAAGAAUCCCUAUCUACUACUCCAUCCAGUAGUAAGAAUAAAAAGAAAAAAAAGAAGGCAAAGAAAUAG